UGGGGUGUCCAGAAGGCAACACCUGACCACUUGCGAAGCCCCAGAGUGCUUACUGAAAAGGUACAUUCACAGGUGAACACAAAGGGAAGGAAGGGGACGCAGGUUGACCCAUGGGGAAAACGCCACUUUCCAGGCAGGAGGGAAGAUCAGCGAUCAAGUCUCUAGAACUGGGAAAGAAAGGUCCUGGGAGUGUGCAGUGCGGCAGAGGGUGCAGGUGUGCCACAGGGCAAAGUUGGCGCCUCUCACCGGUACCUCGACCUCAGUCCUAUGAAUGCUGCAAAUGCUGACGAGGGAGAGUCACAGGCUGUAGGAGGGCACAGGAUGGGAGAAGAGGCGGCAAGGAUGUGAACACGUAACACAGAAGUCAAGACUUGCAAUAUUCCCCACCCCGGGAUCCCCAAGGUAGCAUUCAAUCAGGCAGUUAGAGGUACUCCGACAGGAUCAUUUCAGACGUGUAAACUAGUGCAAAAUCACCAAAAGAGAAAACUGAGACCCAAAGAGGGGAAGACGCAAAGACCUCUGCCUAAAUGCACAGGAGUGAGUUAGCAGCAGUUUUUAUCCAGCCUAGCCAAAGGGUUCCCCAAACCUUUUCCUCUUCACUCCCGAAAACGGAUCCCCUGCCCCUUUCCUUCUCCACCUGUACGCCCUCCUUACUCCAAGAAACCCUUUACAAGAACGUGAGUUAUGGGAAUAAGUCGCUUGUCAAUCACUAGUAACUCAGUGCGCAUGCGCCCACUGGCCCCGCCUCCGCCGGAGCCGGCAGACCCCGCCCUCCGCCCUUUACCAACAUGGCCUCCCUAGCAAUGCUGCCCCUCACAGACGUGGCCGGUCCUGACGUCAUAGGAAGGCGCCGGUUUCCCAAGGGGCGACGGACGCUGCACGUGGAGUCGGAUUCGGGUACUUUGAGUCUGUGCCAUGGAUACACCGCUCAGGCGCAGCCGCAGGCUGGGAGGCCUGGAGCCUGAGUCUUCCGAGAACUACACCGCAGUUUCGCGGGUGAGACGAGCCCUUGUAGCGUUAGAUUCGAACCCAGAACAAACAAGGGAACCCGGGUCUCCUCGGAGGGUGCAGCUGCGUGAGCCAAGUCCGGGAUCACCCGUCUUGCGGCAGGAGACAGACUUGAAGUUCCCGCCAAGGGAGCCAGAGCCUGGCCCUGGGUCUCCCCAGCAUCGGCCAGAUCCAGGCCACGCGUCGCCGCAAAGACUGCCGGAGUCGAAUCCGGAAUCCCCGCAGCGUGGCCCAAAGCCAAGUGAGGAGUCACCAAAGUUCCCUCAGGGCCAAGGACAGCUGAGCUCCGAGUCGGCCCAGAAUAAGAAGGAACUGUUCCCGGGAUCCCCACAACUUCAGCGGCACUCGGGCCACGAAUCUUCAGAACCUUAUCCUGGUCAGCAAGCGCCAGGUCCGGAACCCUCGAAGCCCCCACAAGAGCUGACACCCCGGGGCCCCGUCUUCCCGCGGGGUCAGCAAGAACCGAGCAAGCUACCUCUGACCGGGGAGACAGUGACAGGAGGCCUCGGGGCAGAAAAGCGAAAAGAUUCUAAAGCCCAGGCCCCAGCGUCCAAGAAAUUGAAGAAGGAGGAGGAGGAGCUUCCUGUAAUCCCCAAGGGGAAGCCCAAAUCCGGACGAGUGUGGAAAGACCGCUCCAAGAAAAGGUUCUCCCAGAUGGUUCAGGACAAGCCCCUACGUACAUCCUGGCAGCGGAAGAUGAAGGAGCGGCAGGAGAGGAAGCUGGCCAAGGACUUUGCCCGGCACUUAGAGGAGGAGAAGGAGAGGCGCCGGCAGGAAAAGAAACAGCGCCGGGCCGAGAACCUGAGACGCCGCCUGGAGAAUGAGCGGAAGGCAGAGGUUGUCCAAGUGAUCCGAAACCCUGCCAAGAUCAAACGGGCAAAGAAGAAGCAGCUACGCUCCAUCCAGAAGCGGGACACCCUGGCUCUGCUGCAGAAGCAGCCGCCCCAGCGGCCAGCAGCCAAGGUCUGAGCCAGAGCUGCCGAGGCCUCCCUUCGCCAGCAGCUGUGUCGGACAUGGCAGAUCUCUGGCCACUGGUUGGAUGCCUCUGCUGGAACUGACGCUCCACCUCUACAGCUCCAAAACGAGGUCCUCACCCUCAGGUGGGGCUCCUGAGCCUUCGAAGGUUCUUGCCAGGUCUUCGUGGGACAGAGGCCCAGAGGGGCUGGGCCCUGGCCAACACUGAGGGAGAGAAGAGGUUCGGUUCCCCACUCCUUCCCCCUCCUCCAAGUGCCUUCCGAUCAGGAACAGCAAAAUUCUCUGGUUCUUCAUGAGCUGCUGACUAGACAGUAAUUCCCCCAGUGUGUAUGUCCUGUGUCAGAGUCCUGGGUGCAACCCAGGCCUGGAGGCUAGCAGUCAGAAACCCCAAAGCCUGCUCUGGGUGCCUCUGCACCCCUCAGCCUUGUUACUUUGCAAGCCACAUCUAGCCUCUCCCCACUUUCCAACACUGAAUGAUAGAAACGAGGCUGCAGGGAGUGGGGUCUCCCUUUAGCACCCCCUCUCCCACACCAGACUGCAUAAGCCCCAAAGACAUGACUAACACAUGCGCAUCCCGUCUACAACAAAAUUAUUUAUUAAAUGCCUGUGGUACAUAGGCAUGAACCUAGGCGCAGGGAGUACAGACAACAGGCAAAAGCCCCUGCCCUCGAGGAACUUCCAUUCUGCUGGGGAAAACCUAAUAAACAAUAAAAGACAGUG